AUGCGAGAACUAUGCGUCUUUGUUUUCCAGGACGAUACUUCUGCUGCGGAGGGUGGCGAGGAGGCACCUACCGGAGAGGCCGGUGACUCAUUCAGUUUCGGCGACCUGAAAAAGAGGAAGAAAAAGUCCAAGAAGGUCGACUUCUCAGCCUUCGAGGAUGCUCAGGACCAAGAGGGCGAGGACAACGGUGCCCGUGAUCCUGACGACAUUUUCGCCGCAGAGGAUGACGAGAGUACUCGAGCAAGCAGUGGUAGCAAGGUCGGAGGAGCCGACGCAGAAGAAGGCUGGAUCGGCACCAAUCGUGACUACACUUACCCAGAGCUCUUGUCUCGAGUCUUCAAGAUCCUUCGUCAGAACAACCCUGAGCUUGCAGGAGAGAAGAAGCGUUACACGAUCGUGCCACCCUCGGUGAUGCGCGAUGGCAACAAGAAGACGGUCUUUGCCAACGUUGCGGAUAUCUGCAAGAGGAUGCAUCGUCAGCCAGAGCACGUCAUUCAGUUCUUAUUUGCGGAACUGGGCACUUCAGGAUCGAUCGAUGGAUCCCAGCGCUUGGUCAUCAAGGGACGGUUCCAACAAAAGCAGAUCGAGGCCGUCUUGCGUCGGUAUAUUGUUGAAUACGUUACCUGCAAAACCUGCAAAUCUCCCGAUACGCUCCUCACCAAGGAGAAUCGACUCUUCUUCCUCCAGUGCGAGGCAUGUGGGUCCACAAGGUCUGUCACGACUAUCAAAUCGGGUUUCCAGGCCCAGACGGGCAAGCGUGCUGCCCAGCGUACUUAAAAAGUUUUUGCGGACAAAAUGCAGAGAAUCGGCAGCCAUGCAUAAUAAAACGUAUUCACUGUUCAAUA